AUGCACGUCAUCUUGGCUCUUUCAUCUGUUUUGGCCGUGGCGACAGCGUCGCCUAUCGCUAUAAUCUCGGACCUUUUCAAGCGGAAAACGUCGGAUUUCGACCCGCUCAUGGUGUGGCCUGGGAAUCUGACGCAGAUGUCGAAUUGGUCGAACUGGACCAACCCUUCAAACUGGCACAACGCUUCGGGAGUCAAUUCCAGCGGCAACAGCAGUUACAGUGGGCACCCCAGCGCGGGCUGGCCCUCGCCCAAGCUGCAGGUGUUUGUCACGGGCGGAGAAUACCAAAUGUCUAACUGGACCAUGUCCUCAGACGUGCAGGUCACCACCCUGUUCAACCAGUCGUCGUUGAAUGCCACUUAUUUGUACAGCGUGGCCAGCUCCGUGGCCAGCUCGCUGGAAAGCGACGAAUACACGGGCGUGGUGGUUCUAGGGUCCGAACAGUCGCUCGAGUCGCUUGGAUUCUUCCUCAGCGUGGUCACAGACUCCCCCAAGAGUCUUGUGGUCACUUCUGAGCUCGAAGACGGGCUAAGCGUUGCGUGGUCGGAUAAUUCCUGGUGGCGCGGCGUUUUGGUCGUAGACGGGUGCUCCAUUUACUCAGGCUCUUUGUACAACUCGGGCAACCCAAGUGCGGGCAAUAUCGGGUCUGUGUAUGCUGGCGAGCCUUGGUUCUGGUUCACGCCUGCGUGGCCCACCUUCCUGUCCCCAGAAAGCACGUUACGCCAAGAGUACUACAAUUUUACCGAAAUCGCGACCGCCAACACCACCUACAGUAACUCCGUCACAACGAUUCCUAUAGUCUACGACGGCUACUACGAUCCAUCUCUAAUCAACUCUGUCAGCAGUUCUGUCAAGGGUCUGGUGGUGGUUUCUUCGGGCAACUCGACCUCCAGUGAGCUCAAGUCGUCUACAGUGCCUGUGGUGUUUGCCUCUGACGGAUACGAGCCUGUCUUCCCGGAGGACGUGCCACAAGGUGCCAUCGCGGGCGGAACACUGUCGCCUGUUCAAGCACAACUACUUCUAUCCAUUGCCGUUGUCAACAAUGCUACGGAUCCUUCCAGCUUGCAAGGCUUGUUUUUGCCAUAA